AGGAGGUCAACCUUACAGACAUACCCCAGCAUCAGUCGGAGCAGGAGGUCAACCUUACAGACAUAACCCAGCAUCAGUCGGAGCAGGAGGUCAACCUUACAGACAUACCCCAGCAUCAGUCGGAGCAGGAGGUCAACCUUACAGACAUACCCCAGCAUCAGUCGGAGCAGGAGGUAAACUUAUUUCCAUCCAGUCCAGUGGUUUGGAGAAGGAGGAAGAUCAUCAUCGUCAUCGUAGCUUCCUGAAAACCCAAAAAAAGGGAUUUACUAAGGACAAUAAGGGAAUUCAGAGCUUCUAAAAACUGAGUGAUUAGAAAAGGACUGUUGCCGACCCCUGCACUAACACGUCCUCCCCAUUGGACAAAGCAACAGCAUCUCACACACCAUGACUACAUGCACUUUUACCAGUAUGAAACCAACCCAGUCUGCCUUCCCUACCCCAGAACCGCCUUCCAUUUCCUCUUCCUCGUCCUCGUUGCCUCAACUGGGUGGCCGGAGCGGCUUCAGGAGAGUCUGCACCACAGAGGAACCCACUGCCUGUCCAAUCCCCGGACUGGCAGCAGGCGUGCUCACAAUGAGAGUGAAGGAAGGGAGCAAGAUCCGAAACCUCUUGGGAUUUGUAAUGGCUCGUAUGCAGAGAGAGGGAGAGGGAGUGGACGGGAGUCAGAUUGAGACGAUGCUGAGAGUCAAAGAGGGAGUGAGAGUGGACGGGAGUCAGAUUGAGACGAGGCUGAGAGUCAAAGAAGGAGUGGGAGUGGACGGGAGUCAGAUUCAUACGAGGCUGAGAGUCAAAGAGGGAGUGAGAGUGGACGGGAGUCAGAUUGAGACGAGGCUGAGAGUCAAAGAGGGAGUGAGAGUGGACGGGAGUCAGAUUGAGACGAGGCUGAGAGUCAAAGAGGGAGUGAGAGUGGACGGGAGUCAGAUUGAGACGAGGCUGAGAGUCAAAGAGGGAGUGGGAGUGGACGGGAGUCAGAUGGGGCUGAGGCAAGGAGAGGGAGUCAUGGACAUCGGUCGGAGUCAGACCCAGACCGGGCUGAGAGUGAGACAGGUGGUUUUUACUGGAUCAGGCAAAGGGAUCACCAAAACCAUAACAUGUGUUGAGAUCCUAAAACGGAAACUGGGAGGACUGCACCAGCUAUCCAAGCUCCACUACAAGACUGUGAGUGAGGUGUGGGAGAGUCAGGAGACUGACGUGACACCCAGGUCCAGGAUGACUGUUCAUAAGACUGUUCCUGCUAUCAGUAUCCUGCUCUCCACACACCCACUGGACCCACGUGAGCCUGGGUUUCAGCCCCCAGAAACCCUGCAUUAUCCUAGCUACCAACCCCCUGGGCACCAGCAUCCUGGGUUUCAGCCUCCAGAAACCAUGCAUGAUCCUAGCUACCAAGCCCCUGGGCACCAGCAUCCUGGGUUUCAGCCUCCAGAAACCCUGCAUUAUCCUAGCUACCAAGCCCCUGGGCACCAGCAUCCUGGGUUUCAGCCUCCAGAAACCCUGCAUUAUCCUAGCUACCAACCCCCUGGGCACCAGCAUCCUGGGUUUCAGCCUCCAGAAACCAUGCAUGAUCCUAGCUACCAACCCCCAGGGCACCAGCAUCCUGGGUUUCAGCCUCCAGAAACCAUGCAUGAUCCUAGCUACCAACCCCAAGGGCACCAGCAUCCUGGGUAUCAGCCUCCAGUGACGCCAUGUGACAGUGUGAAAAUUCUGCCCCGACCACGGCUCGAACUCACCACCCUCUUCACCGAAACACAACUGUUGUCAACACCACUAACCCAGAAAAGCCAAAGCCCUUUCUGGUUCCAGGGUGCCUGUACCUCUAAGUCUGAGGAGGGCUGUAGCCAUGCGCUGAGCUGUACGCCACACCUGUAUGCUGCCUCGGAGAAAGAGAGGGAAAAAGCAGGAGGAAAGACACUCUACAGUUCAUACAUGUUGCCUGGCUCUGAAGCCAAGAGAGUCUGUAUGGAGGACCACCGGUUCCCCUCGACACCCUCAACGUGAAAGAAACUUUGAGUUUCAUCUACUCUGUGCUCCUGCUAGACACAACAGAGAAACAGAGGAAAGUGAGGAGACAACUGGAAGAGAUUGCUUUUGAGUAAAUGUUUAGGUUCUAGAAUAGAUUAUAAAAAGUUGUAGUGGGUUAAGCGCAAAUAGUAAAGCCCUACGUUUUCAAAUUAUAUUUAAGUAAUUUAGGAAACGUGUCUCAUAAAAUUACGGUAAAAUGUUUCCUUCGUGUUUUGAUGUGGGCUGCUGUUCUCAUAUUAUUCAGAUCAAUUUUGCACUUCAUAAAAAAAUAUAAUCAUGUUUACUGUGUCUACACUAUGUUUGUCAUCAACUUUGCUUCAGUCUAC